UUGAUUCUGGCCUUUGGCCUCCAGUUUUAAACUGAUUUUUUUAAUGUGUUUUAAGUGGUUGGCUUUUCCUUUUUUUAUUUCUAUGGUCGAUCAACCACCGUCACACUCUGUGUGAUUUUAGUUCGUUUUGUCUGGUCUUUGUCUCAGUUUCUCUUGUUCUGUGUCAUCUGUGCUCUAUUCUGUUAAUCGUUUUUCUUCUCUGUGGGUGUUUUUAGUACUUGGAAAAAGGGACCGAUGACCAUAGCAGUCUGGUCCCUUUAAUCUCACAAACCAACCACCCAACCAACCAGUGAACGAAGGCUGAAUCAAUGUGUGUGUGUGUGUGUGUGUGUGUGUGUGUGUGUGUGUGUGUGUGUGUGUGUGUGUGUGUGUGUGGAAGGUGAGUUAGACAGCUCAUAGCAGCUGCAGUCUGCCACUGCUAUGAGCUGUCGACUCACCUCCCAUGCACGAUUGGCCCUCUCCAAAUGAUGACAGUGGCUGCAAUCAUGGCUAUAAAAGCAGCCCCAACUGUCAGUGGUUUUACUCAUGAUGAUGAUGAUGGUGGAGAUAGCCAUCAAAAUCUCUAAAAUUUUAUUCAAACUGAUGUAACUUGAAAAGUGAAAAAAAUUUAUUCAGACAUGCUGCUUCAAAACACUCCAAGGAACAAAUUUUGUUGUUACAUGCCCACAUGUUGAAUAGCAAUUUUCGGUUCUUGUUGUUGGGCCAGAGAGUGAAUUAUCAUCAGUGUCUGAUUUGCUCCAAAGAGAAUGUACUACAUACCAUAUGGCUGCAUUUUUCAUUAUAUUUGCCAGAAUAACCUUGUUACUUGGGAAAAUAAAGUGGUUUCUGUGAGGCAGACUGUCAAAGGUAGAUGAAAUAUGUUUAGCCAAAAAUUAAAAACAUAAUUUAGCAUCCCACAGCACAUUCUUAGGUUCAUUUCAACUACACAGUAUUGGAUAAAGAAUGAGUUCCUGGGAUUAUCAGCAUUGUUUUAAACUUAUUCUGCUUGACCCUAGUGUGCAGUACACACAUGAACAUAAAAAGAUGUCAGGAGAAUACUUAAAAUUUUAUAGACAUGAAACUGUAGCGAGUUUGUGGAAUCACUAUUGCAUGUUUCACAUAACGAAUAGGCCUAUUAUUAAUUUUACACUUUUAUCUGCGAAAAUUGUCAGAUAACAACAGGUUGGAAGUAUUGGUAAAUAAAGUAAAUGGUAAUUACACACAAAGUCAAUUUGCACCAUCACUAUGCGUAAUUUGUUUGUAAUUGUCUUGACAGCAACAGAAAACUAUUAGACCUAUAGAUAAUGAAACAGAUUGUCUUCUUAAACAACAGAACAUGUCAUAUUUGAUUAGCCACAUACAGUUCUGAUCACUUUUCUGUGUACAGCCAGUGUAUUUAAAACAAUCAUUUUCAUGACCAUAUGGUAGGCGAACAAUAAAGUUUUGCCAUAAACAGGCAACUGUAACCAUAUUUGUUUGGGGAAAGCAACACAGUCCAGCAAAAACAAAAGAAAAUGAGACCUAUAUUCACUUACAGUGGUCACGACUGUGUAUUUUGUGAUGUAUUACCUCUCACCAGGUAAAAAUAACAUAACGCUUCACCGGAUGUACACCAAUUUCUUCGUGUGAAACACAAUAGCAACAAAAUUGUGCCUGCUAUCAAUCCUGAAAUCUUUCAGCUUAUCUCUCAUUAUCGUAUUUAAUGCUGUAGGCAUAUUGAGAGAGCAGUAAGUGAAUAAAACAGAACGGCUCCAGCCACAAUGUUUGAAGUCAAAGAACAGGUUGUAUACGGCCCGGGGCAAGACUAAAGUUUCACAUGGAAUUUGCAGUCUCCCCUCCACAACGGCCACAGGCUGGUCAUGUGAUUCCACCUCGACAUGGACAGGAGGCGGGGCGUGACUGCCAGCGCUCCUGGUUUUACUUGAGUGUACUAUGUUGCCUUUCCCGCCAGAAAACAAACAGUGCUUCUUGCCUGCUUCGUGUGUGCGUAUCUGCUUUGUUCGAACUUGUGCUUUUCGCCUGCUUUGAAUGUGCGCGUCCGCUUUGUUCGAAGUUGAAAAGAAAAUUAUAUCUUUUGAUGACAGCAUUGGGGAUGAGGACAAGAGAGAAGUGGCUGUAAGUAUUUAGAACUAGUUGUAGUAUCGUUCUCUUACGAAUCUUAUGUUUGGCAUCGUAGUAAUAAACCAAUGAAUUUUCCUCAACAGAAUAUUCUUCCACAAUGGAAAACGCAUGUGCUGCAAAUUCAGAGAAGUGCCAGUGAUGUGCCACAAGUGGAAAGCAUACAAUUCCUAAUGGCUGCGACAUCAAGAGAUGAGUUUAAGUAGUGGUUGACACUGUUUGAAGAGAGAACUAAAACAACUUACAGUAUCAGGUCAUCUGAAACACAGUCAACGAAACACCUCAUUUUGAGGCAGUUGAUGUUCUGCCAUCAUAACACAGUUUCGAAAAGAGUUCAUGAUACUGCAGUGCAUCCUGUCACGAAAAACACCAACUGUCCAUCGAAAAUGAUGAUAAAAAUUCAUGUUGUGCACGAAAGGACCCCCUCCUAUAAGUAUCGAGGAAAAUUUGCAGGAAUAAUUGAUAUUUAUAGACAAAUGCCAUGUGAAAUGAAACUGACACUGAAUCAUAAUCACAGCAUUGACAGUGCUGCUUCAUUAAAGUAUAGGAAGCCGUCUCGUGAAGUUCAGGAAACAUUGAUAUCUCUGUUUCAAAAGGGUCAUUCACCUGCUAGCGCACUUCAAUGUAUUAAGACUGACAUUCAGCUUAAUCAUUCCGAUUACCCAUUAGUGCUGGGAGACAGAAGUCAGUGUCCAGAUUAUAAGUUCUGCUAUAAUUUAUACAGGAAAACACUUGAGAAGGAUUAUGGACCCAUGGAUUUUAAUGAAGGGAAGGAAUUCCUGCAACAGAGAUUGCUGAAAUACAAUACAGAAGUUAGGAAUGUGUGUUGCAAGAUGGUUAUGAAAGAUGCCGAUUAUAUAAUAUGCAUUUACUCACCAUUGAUGAAGAAAGUACAUAUGUGUGAAGAAAUGGCACCAGAAAUGGUCUUCAUUGAUUCAACAGGAUCUUUAGACCACAAUGGCAGUAGAGUUUUUGUGUUGCUCACACCCAGUGCAUGUGGAGGUUUACUGCUGGGAAUUAUAGUAACUUCAUCAGAAAGCUGUGAAGUUUUGCAAAUAGGCUUCCAGCUAUUGAAAGAGAUAGUAGGAAAAGAUACUUUUGGGGGGAACAUUGAUGGACCACAUGUCUUUUUGACUGACGACUGCAAAUCUGAACAAAAUGCCAUUAUAAGAUCUUUUCCCCGUUCAACAAUCGUAUUGUGCAUUUUCCAUGUGAUGCAGGCAGUGUGGCGGUGGCUUAUAAAAACCAAACAUGGAAUACCGCAGGACAAGCAAAUGCAAUACUUUAAAGACUUUAAAAAAAAUCAUGUAUUCUAAAACCAAAGAUGAAGCUACAGAUAAUUAUAACGCAGCUAAAGCAAAUAUAUGUGACGAACACAACAGUUAUCAAACAUAUUUAGAUGGGUAUUGGGAAAGGCGACACCUAUGGGCACUUCCUUAUCAAACCCGUAUGUUGAUACAGGGGCACCACACUAAUAACUUCAGUGAAGCGUUCAUGAGGAUUUUGAAAGACUAAAUUUUUUAGAGAAGAAAAGCGGUCAAUGUAGUGCACAUGGUCAACAUCAUACUCACAAGGGUGAAUUCUUAUUUUGAGAUGAAGCUGCUUGAUGCUGCUAACAGAGCAAGCCCGAAAUCUUUCCACGAGAUCAUUAGGGUACCUACACCGGAAAUUCUGAGUAAGAUAAUUAUGAUUCAGGAAGGCUUUCUGUUGCUUCCAAGUGAGAGUACAGAGAAUCACUUCUAUGUAGUCAACAUGGCUGUGCUUGUUUGUAAUUGUCUUGAGGGCAAUACGGGCAAGAGAUGUAAACACAUUGAUUGGGCUAAUAUUGUUUACCCAUCAGAAAAGUAUGAAAAAGCUAUAAACAGUGAAGAAAUUCGUCGAAAGUAUUAUUUUACAUUGACGGGUAAGCAGCCCCCCAAAAUUGGCUGGAGCCUCUUCAUGGACCCCAAAGUACUGCAACAUUAAAUGAUGCUGAUGUGGAGCACAUUGACACAGAGGAAGAGAGAAAUAAUGUGCUCCAGAUCAGCAUAGAUAAUACAGAAGAGAGACAUGAUGCUGAUGUGGGGCAAAUGGAUGCACAAGAAGAAAAACGUGAUGUUGAAGAAAUACCAGACACAACACAUCUCAAAAACAUUUCCCACAAAACAAAUAUAAAUCUAUUAAACAGAGCAGUAGCUCAUCUCACAGAGCUAUCCAGUAGGUCACCGGAAGAUAUGACGAAGUUGAAAAGAAGAAAACUCCAUCUGCCUGCGUGAAGGCAAAGCGAGACAUAAUAUGAGAAAAUGCAUUCCGAUUCAAUCAACAUCAAUUGGAAGAAGAAAGAAGGUAGUGAAAAGAAAAAUCCACACACCCAGAAAUUUUGAAUAUCCUAUCAAAGUGUGUUACUCCAUACAAAAGCCUUGCAUUUCCUAUUUAAUGGUUUAAUGGUUGUAUCCUGUUUUGUCUAAA